CGACGAAAUGAUGGCGACCGCCGCAGAAGAAAUAUUUCAAAGCCCAUAUCCCAUUUCUGAGCGCCAUGUCACGACUAUGUCCAUCAAAAUUACGCGGAAAAACCAGGAUAAACCCUGGAAAUUGAGAUUAAUUUACCUGCAGUGCUAUUUUAUGUCAAUUGCAACGAUACUGGGAACUGGAAUCUUAGGACUUCCUGUCACAAUAGCACACGCAGGACUCGUGCCUUUCCUGGUCUCCUUUAUAAUUGGUUUCUUUGUGCAGGCUCUCCUCAUAUACCUCUUUGUUGACCUGCUCCAGCGAUGCCAAGUUGUCCAGAUUGAGUCAUUGAAGACUACAGAGACAGAGCGAAUUCUAAUGCAAGACGUUGGAUUGGAGGAGCCUGUUCUCACUAAUACAGAGGAGGAGGAAGAGGAGGUGGAGGAUGGGGAAGAAGCAGACACAGGCCUCCUGCAGCAGGACGCGGCCAGACAGACUCUGGAGGAGAAGCUACAGCCUAAUCUCCAUGUGUUGGGGCUCCUCUUCCUCAGCAAGCCUAUGAGCCAUGCCUUCAACUUCAUCCUACUCUUCCAGUUUGUGUCUAUUGGGAUCAGCUAUGUCCUAGCUGGCAGUGAGGCCUACGCCGCUCUUCUACAUGUGAGCCAUAUCUAUGUCAUUCCUGGGUUUACCUGGACACUCUCUCUUGGAAUCCUGCUGGCUCAGACGGUCAUUCAGCCAAUCACGUCGCUACUGACCCUCCUGAAAGGCAUCAUGCUGAUCAUCACAGUGGCCGUGACAUUUGCUUUGGGGUCAGAAGUUCAACAGGAGACCACAAAUGACUUCAGCCAAAUUGGUAAACCUUUCCUAAUGGGCACCGUUGCACUGGGAGGUAUUGUCAACGUGAUGCCUCUCCUGUUCUCAGAAAUAUCUCACAACAAGACACAGAUCAUGUGGUUCAGAAGAGUCAUACUGGGAGGACUAGCCACAUGCACUGUUCUGAAUAUAUUAUGGUGCUGGGCUGUUUUGGAGAUUGUCCCCCAGAUGUCAGUUCAGAGGGUUAUGGAGGAAGGUGUGGUGAACACUACCAGUGGUGUCAUCUCUGAGUCCUCUCCAACAGCCUACACCAUGGUCUACUCCAACAUCUCCCUGGAGGAGUCAGAGAAAGCAGGAGAGAUUGCAACAAUCCCACUGACAAAGAUAAUCAGUCUGAAGUACCGUCACUACUCAUGGGUGGCAGAGCUGAUCCAGAUUUUUAUUGCCAUCAGUAUAACAGUGUCCUUUCUGGUGAUGGGAUCUGCCAUGAAGCACACAAUUGAUGGCCUUGUGAACUCACACUGGAACACCAAGUUGGAAUGGAUGUCUAAAGUCUGCGAGAGGACAUUACCACAGAGCUUCCACAGAUGCAGUUCAAGAGGUCUUGCCAAUGGGCUCAUAUCUCUGCUUGCAUUUGGAAUCAUUUUUAUUGUCUCGUCGUGUGAUCCAAGGGGAUUUGUGGUGAUGUUGGACAAAGUGGUGUCUUUCUCUUUGAACACUGAAGUUGGGUUGUUCAUCUUUGUGAUGCUGCGAGCCUCCAGAUCAGAGGGAUUUCAACACCUGACUGUGCCUCUGCCCGUGGGCCAGCGGGUCUUCCAACUCCACUGGAUCCUGCCUAUUUACUUCCUGUUUGCUGUGGCCUACGAUGUUAUCCAGAGCAUCGUAGAGAUAGCAGAGCACAAUUUACAGCACUCCUCCCAACCUCUCCUCACCAACUAUUCUCUGAGCUGAGCACUACUGUGAACGAUGGACGGUAGCCGCAAGCCUGGGAGCCGUGUGGUGGUGAUAACAAUGCUGUGUUCAUUUGCUCAUUCAUGGACGUCAUGCAGCUUCCUCUUGAACAUUAACAGCAUCAGGGAUGUCUCCUACGGUCAACUAUUUCAUGUACUGUAAGGGCUCGAUUCAAUCAGAUCCGUGUUGGUCAACAUCUGCAUAGAGGUUGUUUUGGCGGUGGCAGAUAUGGAACUGCGUUAGCUGUCAAAUCCAAAAGUGACUCCAGGCAUUACACCUAAAGUGGACAUUGCCAUUGGCUGCACGAAGUUGCUAUAACAGAAAUUCCAUGCAGCCUUUUUUAGAAGUUUGAACACUGCAAUGUGGGAUGUAGUCUACACCUUGAUUAAGAUUAUUAUUUAGUUUCAUGAUUUUCAAUUUGAGUGAAAUUAUUUCUAUAUAGCCUACACUUUCUUAUUCUGAAUUUCUAGAGAUUUGGGCGGGUGUGGCUUUGUGACAAUGAUGGAAGAGCAGCUGCUCACCGAUUUGAUGGCUCGAACGCAGUUCCACCUUCGACAUCGCCUAAACAUCCACUAUGUGGGUGUCUGUAAUCGCAGGUUAACACUUGAUCUGAAUUGAAUCUAGGUCUAUGUUUCAUUUUCAUGUAAUUGUUUUCAGAGGGCUGUAUUGAAUAGCAGUCAUGCUAUUAGGGAGUCUUUACAGCUCAAUAUAUGCAUUGCUUAACAGCGCAACCAGAGAAUAUACACAAUUAUUUUAGUUUAGACAUUAAAUGUACAGACUGGUGCGUCAUCAAAACAGCCAAUAACUGGUAUGAUGCCACAGCAUGAUGUCUGGGAUCUCACUAUUGAAAAGUUGCCUACAGCUUCUUUCCCUACAAAUGCUUUCAUAUGUAUGUAUCUAACUAGCUGAACAUGUUUAGAAUAAACAGAUAAACAAGGGGAAAAUCCAAUAAAAAAUGAUAUAUUAAUA